UCUAGAAAUUACUGCUUCUGAGAGAUGCAGCAGUGCUAGAGUUAAUUCCACAAAAGACAUCACUGCCUCCCCCUCUGCAGCCCACCACUCUUUGCCCCCGUGCCCUCCCCCUUUCCUCACUCACUAUGAAAGGAGUGUCCCUCUGUGCUGGCCAUUCUGCAGGGCCAGACCACUGAGUCACACAUACACAAAGACACACAAACAUUGUAGUUCUUGUGGACGUAAAACAAGCUGCAUCCAACUGAAAUGGAGAUCUCAAGUUUUCGGCAUCCUAACUCCCACACUGGAGAAGAGAAGUAUGAGAUGCUGGAGUUGAACAGGAGACUGGAGUCAUACCUGAACCAUGUGAAGUUACUGGAAGAGGAGAACCAGCUUCUUUGGGGGGAAAUCCAGGUCAUGCGAAGAAACCAAGACACUGCAGGCCAAAGGAAAGCUCAGGAGGAGGCACUCAGUCUGGCCAGAAAAGAGCUGCAGAAUGCCUGGAGAGAGAAGGAUCAUGUGGAGCUAGAGGUCAGCAUCCUGCUGGAGGAGAUUGAGGAGCUGAACAUACUGAGACAAAAAGAGAAGUCUGCACAGACUGAGGCUAAGAGAAAACUUGAAGAAAGCAAGAAAGCACUGGAGGAUGAAAGGAGGAUGCAGAUCUGGCUGAGAGAACAAGCAACUCAUCUUGAAAAAGAGGUCUCUCUACAGGUGCAGGUUCAUCAAGAAGACCUGGCAGCCCUGAAGUCCUCGAGUGCGUUCUCAAAACCUGUGCUAAUGGCUCCUCAGCACAGCCAGACUUUCAACCUCCAGGGCUUGGGGGAAGAGUACUCGCAGAGAGCAGCCCAGGCCUGGCAUGAAGCAGCAGGCAUGUACCAGACACAGAUGAAGAAGCUAGAGGAGAGCCUGGACAAAACCAGGGCUCACAUGACACUGAUCAAACAAGAAAAGAAGGAGAGUCAGCUGCAGAUAAAAGAUUUGGCCAAAGAGCUGGAAAGUGCAACGGCCAAGAGAGAACUGAUGGAGAAGAACAUGGUACAGCAGAGACAGAGGCAGAAUAAAGACCUUCAACAUCUUCAGGCUCAUGUGGAGGCCCUGGAGGCAGAGAAGCUGGAUCUCGGAGACCAGAUAGGUGAGCUGUUGGUAGAGAGUCGAAAUCUACUGCAGAUGAAGAUGUCUCUGAGCCUCGAGGUGGCCACUUACAGAACAUUGCUGGACAGGGAAAGCCUGAGAGUUAACGACCAAUCACCAAGUAAGAGGAACAGGACGGUCUCAUUUUUAGAAGGAAUCACCAAGUCCCCUGGGUUUCCUCCAGGCACUCAGGCCAUCUCCUCCUGUCUGUUCAGCACUCCGUUGAAUACAACCUCCAGAUCAAUCACCCAUAAAACCAACCUUAUGACUCAAACUCCUACAUGGAACCUGACACUAAGAACCCCACAUGAGACACUCAAGAGACCUCAAACCACUAAGGAAGAGGAAGACAUCGUAACAGUAGAGAAGCAAAAACUAGAAACAGCUACAUCUAUAUCCAAAAAGCGUCUAACUGGAGCAGACUCUCAUGAUCAUUAUAGUGCUGAGGAGGAAGCAAGCUCUAUUGCUUCUGUUUCUUCCUCUGAAGUGUCUAAAGCUGUAGAUGAGCAUGAGUCCAUACUCACUAGAAAUGAAGAUUUGCAGGAAGUCCUUAAGGCAGAACUUGGACCGGUUUUGUUUAGCACCAAUGAAACAGCAAUGAUUACCUCGCCAGCUAGACAUCCCCAAACUCCAGAGAGUGUUUCUUCUAGUAAGCAUACUGAGGAAGCAAAUAGUUCAGAGGAUGGAGAUGAAGAGGAGACUGAGGUGUCUAAUGAAAUGGCUCAAAUAUCACAUGCACCUGUGUCUGCCUGGGAAGAAAAUGAAACAGUGAUACCAGAAGAGAGAGCUGUAGUCUCUGAGCUAGAGUUGGAGUCUGAGGACAUUGCUGAAAACAGCACACAAGAAUUUAGGAUAGAUGUUGAUCAUGCAGAAUUACAGCUGCAUGGGGAAAACACUAACAAACCUGCCUCACUAUUACUCCAAGACAUACCACAUUUGUCUGCAGAUUCCUUUAGUCCAGCUGAAGAUGACAGUGAAAUUCUAACAUGGGCAGAUGUAAAGGAAGAUGUUAUACAUUUUGUUGAAGAAGAAUCACUGAAGAGUGUACCAGAAGUAGAGAGAGUGUCUGUGAAAGGAACUGACGAAGUGGAAGAAAAAAUGGAAGUAGAACAAGCCGAAUGGCCUGGCAUUGAAGCACUGGAAGGUCAUGAGCUUGAUAUUAAAGUGCAAGAAGUGGAGAAUGAAAUGGAACAAGAGAAAAAAGUAGAGCAGAGCAAGGAAGAGGAAUUGACUAAUAGUGAGGAGGAAAGGAUAAUAGAGGAAGAGAUUGGAGAAAACCUUGGGGAACAAAAAGCAGAGUUAAUGAUAAAUACAUAUGAAAAAGAUAAUCUGGUAGCUGAAAAAGAUAAGGCAGUGAUGGAUACAUUUGACAAAGAUCAGGUAGUUGAACAUAAUGCAGAAGAGGAGCAGGGACAGAGUGAUGAAGAUGAGUCAUUAAACAUCUCUGCAUCAUGGAGAACUGACCCUGGUGAAGCAGACAGCUAUGCUCAGGAGAACACACUAGCAGACACUCGUCCCCUCAUACACUACAAGAGUGAUGAAGAGACAGAUGCCAAGAUCCCAAUCUCUCAUCUGGGUGUGAGUGAACCUACUGAGAGUGAGGAAGAGAGGGAGAAACAUGAGGGGGCCAGCCACUGGAGCCAGAUAAUCGCCAAACGCUUUGACACCAUGGAGGAUCUAUCUGAGGAGCCAGAGCUAGGCAACAUAGAUGACAUAGUCACAGAUGGAUUAGUUCAAACUGUGUUAAGAGAGAGCAUGGAUGUGGAGUCCGCUGUUCAAUAUGAAAGUGGUGACCUUGACUGCCAUGUCAAAGCACUAAUGCGAGAUAUUUUGGUAGAUCAAUCAGAAAGUGACUUCAGGAACAAUAGUAAUGAGAACAGUCAGGGUGAGGAGGAGACAAAGAUUGAGAAUCACCAUCUGUCAACAUUAUUGGUUGAGAAACAGGAAGAGAGCUCACAGUUACAUGACUGGAGUGCAAGUUUAUACAAUGAAACCAGGGAGAUGAAUGAGCAGCAGACUCUUGUGACCACGCAGGCCAAUAUCAGUGAAGAUGACAUAACAGAAUGCAGGCCCAAUACAGAAAACAGGAAUAUAGAAUCUAUAGAAAUCAAUUCAGAGGGUGAAAGUGAAGACAAGAAGUAUUUUGACACCCCAUUGCCUGAACCAUCCCAAGAACAAGACCUGCAUUCUGACGUGCUUCUAUUCAAAACUGCUAUUACCAAAGAACAAGCCUGCCCAAAAGAAGAGGAAGAUGUUCAGUCGAACCUGUCAAUGCUCACUCAUGUAGAUUUCACAGAUGAAUUUUCUCUACACAGUCAUCCAGAAAGCCAGACCAACACUAACGACUCAGAUCUGGAGGAGCCCAAUAAUUCUGAGGAUGAAUCUCCAAAUGUGAGCCAGUGUUCUCAGCUGCUUACCCAGACUGAGAUGCGGACCCAGCGGCUAGACUGGGAAAGUGCGACUACUACGGAUGUAGUCUCAAACACUGAUCCAUCAUUCACAGGCCUUCUCUCAUGUUUGUUGAAAGAGGAUAGAUCUGAAAUUUAUGAUGUUCCUCAAGCAGAGGAAUUGGAGAACAAAGAGGAACAGCAAUAUGCAGUGGACAGUAAUAGUGGUGGAAUGGGUGAAAAUGCUGACAGCCUUCCACAAGAAUGGUACAAUUUGGGCCAGGAAAUUACAAGUGCAUCCCAUAGCAUCCUUAGCACUACAGACGAAUUUGGUGAUGUAGAAAUCGAGAACAAAAAAGACAAUAUGGAUAUUGUCGAAGGAGAUGCUCUAAAAGAAGAAUGUCAGACUAAUGAAAAAGAAAAUGACCUCCACAGCUUCUUUAGUUCAAGCUUACAGGAGGACAUUUGGAGUACAUCAAAAUUUGAGAUGGCUGCUACAUAUGACCCAAAUGACCAAAUGGAGACUGAGAGGUACUCAUAUGACAGAAUUAAUCCAAUCCAGACCAUGGCCUUUGGGGAGGACUGGGGAAAUCUUACCAUCAACCAACAGCAAACCACCAGCUGCCAACCACCAACCAACAGCAAACCCGACAAAGACAUGGACACCUUUAUACCUCAAUCAGUGGAGGAGGAAGGGGAAGAACAGAAGAUGUCACAGGCCAAACAGUUACAGUGUAAAGAUGUGAAAGAUGGGGAUGAAACUGUCCAUGCAGAGGACUCCACUGAUGAAGGUGACUCCUGGUCUUCUGGUGAAGAGUAAAUUCGUUCUACAAGCAUUAUUCCGCUCACAAAUGUUCAACAACAUUACAUUUAUUAAUGUACUGCAGUAGCGCAAAAUGGAAAGGGGAAGAGUGGGGUAAAACAGUGAGAAGUAUAACUAUUGCUUAUCUGUGCCUUGGAAAUAAAGAAAGUCUUGUCUUGAUUGAUAAAUAUUAGUGCAUCUCAUACCUAAUUGAUCUGUGUAAUGAUGCUGUUCUCAUUAACUUUGGCAUUGAUAUAUCUACCUUUUUUUUAUUUUAUUAUUUUUUAAAAAUUGUUUUUAGGUGAAACAAAUACAGAUGGGAUUUUUGAACAAUAUAUCAUAAUAAACAAUAUUUGAGUUG